AUGCUCAAGCUAGUCAAUUUGUGCUGUUUUCUUCUUCUCAUCUCGGAAUGCUUCGCGACUCGAUUCUUAUUUGGUGUCGACGUCAAAUGCGAUCUCGACGACGUUUUCUCAAUGACAAUUUCCCACUGGGAAGAUGAUGACUGGCCACUAGAUGAUGAUCAAAUCGCCGAUCGGGUGGUUGUUGAUGCUCGAAAACAUAUUUUCCUUUAUCAAAAAGGAAGUCAGGAUGGAGAUAGUGGAAUAGAAUUCGAGCCUUAUGGAUGGUUUUAUCAUAAUUGUACCGAAAAUGGAAGAUUUGUGAAGUACCGUGUCAAAUUGCCUGAUACCACUAUGGCGCACGGAUUGGAGUAUAUCGAGUAUUCGAUGUCCAUUUAUCAGAAAAUCGUUUGCACUGGCGGCCGAAAGAAACCUGCAAAAUCCUAUUCAUGGCAAAGCAUCCUUCACGAGUUUGAAGCUGGAAAAGGCGCGUUUGUAGCAGUCAACGCCUUCAAUAAUGCGCUCCGCGUCAGCUUUGAUGAUGUAGCCAGAGAGGGCAUUCUGUUUGAAACAAUUGUCCACGAUUACGACCACGUCUGCGACGGUGUCAAGUGUAAAUGGUUCGCACGUGUUCUGAAAGUCUGUGGUUUUUAUGUUCUGUCAGAAUUCGUCGGGAGUUCGACCAGGUUCUGGAUUCAUUUGCUUUCUGAUGAGAUUUGCCCACUCGGAGAUUCGAUGAAUCCAAUUGAUCUGAAGACCAAUAUCUAUGCUCCACCACCAAAUGUUAUGAGCCUGUACCACGAUGAUUUGGAUAGUUUUAUGAAGAAAACAAUCGAUGAUGAAAUGAUUGGAGAAUUGGGUCUGUCUCCCGGUUACGAUGAGAAUAAAGAAGAGCUCGUCAAGUCUCGUUUCCGCGUUGGACAGCGCCUGGAGCUUCUCAACUACGCAACUUCUACAGAAAUACGUGUCGCACGUGUUCAGGAAGUCUGUGGUCGUCGGAUGAACGUUCUGGUCACCAAGAAAGACUAUCCAGGAAGUCUUCCGAAUUCAGAAGAGGACCGUCAAGUUCAAGGCUCCGGAACUCAGUUUUGGAUCGACGAGGAGAGCUUCUUUGUGUUCCCAGUUGGUUUUGCUGCUUACAAUAACUACAAAUUGGUUGCCACUGAAGAGUAUAUACAGCACACUGCCAAAAUUACUCUGGCUUUGAUGAAUGGACAGGAGCCAGAAUAUCAUAUAGACGACAUUCGAUUCACCGAUUUAUCAAGAGAAGAUGUUGAUAAAGAGAAAUGGGAAAAUAUGAAAGUCGGACUGAAAUUCGAGCUCAUAGAUCCAUUGGCUCAGGAAUUCCGAAAACUCAACGUGGCAUCGGUUAUCUCGUUGUGCAACAGCAAUGGAUAUAUAAUUGUCGGAAUCGAUGGACCCGAUAUGAACGAUGAGAGUUUUCCACUUCACAUCGACAACGUCUUCAUGUUCCCUGUUGGAUAUUGUGAGCAGAAUAAUCUGAAACUGAAGAAGCCAGAUGGGUACAAGAAAUCGUUCAAAUGGGAUGAAUAUCUGGCCGCUGAGAAUGCCCAACCACUUCAAAUUGAACUUUUUAGGCCGACGCCACCUCAGGAGAGACUUGACAAGUUUCAGGUGAUACAGUCAAUAAAUGUCGGAAUGCGUCUCGAAGCAGCAGAUAUGUGCGAGAACCAACUGAUCAGUCCCGGCAGAAUCUCUUCAAUUCACGGACGAAUCAUAAAUGUCAAUUUCGAUGGAUGGGAGGAAACGUUUGACGAGCUCUACGAUAUUAACUCCCAUGACAUCUUCCCCAUCGGCUGGUGUGAACUCCACAACUACGUUCUUCAGCAUCCAGGCCGCAAUAAUUAA